AUGGACCGCUUCCCCGACGGGACGCACGUGUGGCUGCGGAACCGCGUGCGGCGCACGUACCUCUACGCCGACGAGGACGGGUCCGGCGUCUCCCUGAGCGCGCGCCGCGAGACGCUGAACGCGGCGUGGCAGGUGCACCUGAUCGUGCGCCACGGCCUCGCCUUCAUCCUCCUCCGCUCCGCCGCCUACGGCCGCUACCUCGGGCCCUCGCCGCCCGUGGCGCAGCCGGACGGCCACCGCGGCCGCAUCGCCGUGAGCGCCGUCCAGCGCGACUACAGCGAGCCGUUGCAGGCCAACAUAAGGUGGAGGGCCAAGGCCGUCACGGCGGGGGGUGGCGGCGGCGACUACGUCCUCCUGUACCAAUGGCGGGACGCAGAGCUCUACCUCCGCGCCAACGGCAGGUACCGCCGCUGGAACACCGGCGUCACCGUCGCCCCCGUCCAUGGCCACGACGGCGACGAGAGCACGAUGAUGCAUUGGACGGUCGAGCACAUCCCCCCGAGGCCGGCGCCUCCUACCCUUCCUGCUCCGACUACGGACCUGGGAGGCCGCACUGGCCUGUUGCAGCGGCGCACUGGGCCCAUGAUGGACCAGGAGCGACAGAUCCGGUACUUUCUGGCGGGCAAUAAUGGGAAGUUCCUCCGCAUGGGGGCAUUCAGGUUCGUCGGGCGGUCCGUGUUAAACCUGACGAACCAGAUGGCGAACAAAGUGGGCGAGGACAUGUCCGCAAUCUUGCUGUGCGUGUAUGCCGGCGUCUUUGGAAGGCUGACCCCUCUGGUUGUCGACCUGCCUCGCAGCCAAGAGCCUUUGAACAUCAUCGUCCUCCCCAUCAGUUCACCAGCUGCUGUGAGGUUGCUACACCCAAACGUGGAUGCACCUGAACAUGGACCCGCUCCAGCUUCCGCCUCUGCACCCGCUCCUGCUUCCGCCUCCGCACCCGCACCUGCACCCUAGAGGCAUAUGAGAGCAGGACUGCUGACGGCAACUUCGGGAUUGGUCUCUCGGGUACAACUACUUGAGAAUAGGCCGUAGUUUCUUGGUUCAUAUAGUUUCAGAGAACUCAGCAAUUCUUCUGGCUUCUGGUAGUUUAGUUGGAGGCAUUGUCCUGACAGGAAGCAGUUUAUUUUGACCUUUCAGUUGCAGUACUCAGAAACUGAUCUAGUUACCAUCUUCAUCUCUGUUACUGUUUGGAUGGAGUUGGUGCUUGAAUGAUUUUGCACAGUGGCAUUGGUUGUAGAUAGCAUAUUGUGUGAUAAGAAGAACACAUGCUGGUGGUUUACUCUAUAUUUCCUCAUAAAUCCUGAGACACCUGAUUUUUCAGUGUCUUUUCUGAUCCUAGCUUUCAGUCAUGACCUGAAUAAAAUCAUGGCUGUA